UUUCCGCUUCCGCCUGGGCGUGAGGGGGUGGCGGUGGUGCUGCGGGGCCGCCGCCUGCUGCCUCCGCUCCGCUCCGGCCUGCGCCGCGCCGCGCCCCGCCGGCAGCAAAAUGUCUGGAACUGAUGAUUUUUCGUUGGCAGAUGCUUUACCAGAUCAGUCGCCUGCUAAAACCUCCAAAGUGAGCAGCACGAAGCCCGGCCAGCAGCCUGGUCAGCCGCCGCAGGGCUGGCCGGCAUCGAACCCCUGGAACAACCCGAGCGCUCCCCCUGCGGGGCCAGCCGGACUGCCGCCAAACACGUCCGCUUCCAGCGUGCCAUUCGGACCUCCGCCAACAGGAAUGUAUCCUUCAAUGCCCCCUGGACCGCCUGCUCCAUUUCCUCCUCCUCCUACCGGACCCUCUUGCCCUCCUCCUGGAGGUCCAUAUCCGCCCCCAACUGUGCCAGGUCCUGUCCCACCAGGGCAGUAUCCUCCACCAAAUAUGCCCUUUCCAGAGCUUCCAAGACCUUACGGUGGUCCAACAGAGCCAGCUGCACCUCCGGCUCCUGUUGGGCCCUGGGGAUCCAUGCCCUCUGGAGCAUGGGGACCAACAAUGGGAGGGCAGUAUCCUGCACCUAGCAUGCCAUAUCCACCCCCAGGGCCAUAUUCUGCUCCUACCCAGACUCCAGGGGCUGCGCCAACAGUACCAUGGGGUACGGUCCCGCCCGGAACAUGGGGACCUUCACCGCCAGGUCCGUUUCCUCCACCCACAGGAUCAUACCCGGCUCCAGGACUGUAUCCUACGCCCCCUAAUCCUUUUCAAGUGCCAUCUGGUCCUGCUGGUGCUCCGUCAAUGCCUGGUGGUCCCCAUCCUUACCGUUGAAUACAUUCUGGGCAACAAAGUACUGUAGCUUUCCACCUUCAUCCACUACUUACAGAGAUUUUUACAGUUUUUGUUUCAGUAACGUUUGGGGCUAUGAAGAAUACUUGCCUCUUGUAUGUGCAUUUGAGGUAUGAAGGAGCAAUUUGCAUAAGUUUAACUUGCUCAUACGCUAGCGUAACUGUUUGGUUUAACAAAAUGAGUGUCAAAGAGCAGAAAUAACAGUAAAUGUGUGGUUCUUACUUUGGCAAAUACUUCUUGGAAAAAUGGGAGUUGCCAAGUAAGGAUUAUAAAGAAUCAGGCCCAAGGACUUAAAAAUUCCUAAAUUUCCAUGAACGCUUUAAGUCUUGUUGCCAGACUUGUGCUGGUUAUUGAAUGGAUGGAUAGUCAUAUCUUGGCAAUUUUCAGGUUAUUCUAAAAUGUCAAUAAAGAGUAUUUCAAGAUUUUUGUCAAGAAAUCUGAUUUUUGAACAUGCUACAGUAAUUCAAACUAAAGAGACAGAGCGUGUGAACUUGAAGGCUUUCUCAGCAUUUUGUAUAUACUCAAAACAAUUGCUCAGUCCGGGACUACGGGAGAGAAGAUCCGCAUUUGAAAUACUUGGUCUGGCUUGUCAGCACACUGUUCAUGUUCACAAACAGGCAUUUAUGUGCAAACGAAAUAACCUGGAUGUGCAGUUAACUUUGAAUCAACCAAUGUGAGUUUCGUGCAUGCAAAUGAGGACAUCAUCUUGCCAGUUCUCAUUCUGUGGUGGUUAGAAGUUUGGCUUGGUCGAAGUAAAGAGAAAUCGAUUCCCACUUAGGUACUUCCCCGUUCCUGACCUGGGUUCUAGUCAUUUAAAAUUUGUCUGCCGGGCUGUGUAAACCCAGCAGAUGUUUUCAGAGUCCCUGGACACUCAACUUGAGCUUAAAGGAUCAAAAAACCAAUCUGGCAAUUCCCUUCCCGGCGGUUUUUGGCUUGGCAUUUAGUUGUGUCAGCUACAAAGAUCCUUUGUGCCAUACUUAUUGCCACAGCUGGGAACAAGCAGGUCUCCUGGGGGCUCCACCGAACGUGGUAAUGGAGAAAAGUCCUCUGUUCUCAGCUCGGUGUCUGCAUACCUCACUGAGUUAGCAUAAUCUGGGAGUAACUGAAUGUCUAGAAGCCUGUGCACUGCUGUGUAGCUGCCCUUCCUCUCGAGGGGCGCUGCAGUAAGUUUUUAUAUUCUUGCCAUAUCCGUGCAAAGAGCAUGCUGGGGGUUCACUGCAACGCGAGUGUAGCGUUACCGAGGCGCAGCCACGUGUCAGUGAGGAGCUCUGGAAAUCUUCGUGGUACUUCAUAGCCUAGAUUUGACCAUGGAUGGUUUGUCUUCUCCCCAGCUGGGGAGAUCCUAACUUAGCCUCUGUAGGUAGAAUUAGGAACAUAUUUUGCUUAACAUGGUAGCUCAUUUAGGGAGUCUUUGUGUCGUGGAACUGUGAAAGCAAGUUAAUUCUCUCCCCAUACCUUGUCAUGGCUUCCUGCAUGCAUAGGAUGGACUUCUUAAAAACAAGUGGGGUGACCUGGUGGUGAUGCUUGUUAGUUGUCUUAGCCUUUACGGCAAAGUUCUGCAAUAUUCUUUUGCAGAGGGAAGCAGUCAGCCGUGGCUGUUUUAAACUGUCAUGAAAAUUAAUAGCAAAGGUACAUGUACUUUUAAAUUAUUUUAGGAAGACACUACUGGAACUGAACCAAAACACUUAACAUUUCAGCUUAAAACCUAGCGUCUGUAACCCUAGGAAUCGGAACCAAAAGAGCAGCAAGUCUUUAUUAACCUUAAAUAAGCCCCCUUUGCCUCCCAAACAACAGACUUGGCUUUGAUCUUGGCAAGACUGAUUAAAAAUAAACGCGGUAGAACACUGCCUACAUUUGCUCAAGUGCUUUUUUUUUUUUUUUAAUACCUCCAGCCUUAGAUGAUAAAUCGAUGUAGUGAAAAACAGUUACUCCAAACGAAUGGGUCAUGGUGGCAGCACUCCAUUUUAAAAUUGCACUGGUCACGUGUCUUUGCAGGGAAUGGGAAGAGGUAGGAAAGGAUUAAGCAAAUGUAGCAAGUACUGACUUCUGGAAAGGGGAUUUGUGAAAGUAACUAGACUUCUAGGUUCUUCCUGAGGUAGACAGGAUUUAUUACUGGAACAUUUAGGCUAAAAUUCAGUAUAUAUGGGAUGUUUUUCAAUGUAUAUGCGUAUUUCUUGAGGUCAUGAAAACCGUUUCAUAACCCCUUUGUUUUUGUGAGCAAAGUUCUUUGCAUAGCAGUGAAAAGGGUAUACCUGUUAAUCUAUUGUGUAAAAACUCCAGUUGUCACUAUAUACCGUGUAGUAACUUUAUCACAUGUUAUGUCAAGUGUGAGCAACUUCUGGCCUGAAGCUUUUGCAAUGGAAUUUGUACAUUUCUAUGCAUCACUUGAGUUAACUUGCUGAGAAGUUUGUUUUGACUUGUGCUUUGAGAUCGACAUACUGCAUUUGUUUACAAUAUGAAAUAUAAGCAAUCACAUCUUUAAAGUAUAGAUUAUCACCUGCUGCUGUAUUUUCUUUAGAUGAAACAAAUAUUGCUGUAUGAUAGUGAGAAGCUAUAAAUACAGGAUUUGAUAUUUUUUUGAAAAUGCUGUCACUUUUGUAUAAGAUUAGACAUUAAACGUAUUUUCAAGAC